UUUUAUGUUAAAUAUUAAAAAUGGUUUUCAAUGAAAAUCUUUAAAUAUAUAUGAAUAAUUAUGUUUCUCGUCUCGAGAUCGCGACAUCGGAUAGUGCGUUCUAUUCACAGAAACGAUAAUAAAACGGGAAUGUGCGACCAUUCGGACGGUGUAAUAUUGAGAUUAUCAUACUUUAUUUACGCGGCACAAUUUGCAUUUAUACUUUUUUUUUUUUACUUUGUCUAUAUUUUUGUUCUAGAUUAGCAUAUAACGCGGAUAUGAAGAAGCACGACGGGAGGGAGUAUAUGACGCGAUACGAAUACGGUGAUUCGCAGUUGAACGACAAGCUGAUACCGGAUUUACUUCGACUACGCUGCAGCAGCGAGAUCGAGCGUAUGCGUAUCCGCGAAGAUCCAUUUUUGGCGCGAAAGGGUUCCCUCGUCGCGGAACUCCGCUCGCCGAAGCUGCAGCCGUGAUUACUCAUACCUGUUUUGACCGACGUAUUGUACUAUGCACGCGAAUAUAGAAUAUCAUUAUAGUCGGGCAAUUCUAGGUCGGGAUGGACGGAUAAUUGCGUGCGUGCUCCAAUCGCGUUGCCGCACUCAGGCCAUGGGAAAAUCGUCGUGUUUCGCACGUAAUGCUCAUCAAUUACGAAAAAAAAGGAAGUGCGAAAAAAACGACGAUAUAAAAUCGUAGGCGAAAUUUAUCGAAUACCUUGAAGAAUAAUCAGGGCCGCGUGUGGGCGAAAUUCGAAGAGGGGACUCUGAAGGUCGCGGAUAGUGGGGCUGGGAUCGUCCUCGCGUCAUUUACGCGAUCGCGGGUGAUCGGUUAGUCUUCCUCGCGCCGAUCGAGCACCAAGUUGCAAGCAGAAGUGUGGACAUUAUUCGGAUAAACUGGGAUAAACUUUUAAGUGGCUAUUCGGCAGAUACAUUUGAAAGUGGCAAAAUGCAGUACACGCAAGCCGCAGCCUUGCUCCUCUUCUUGUUUACCACGUUGGUGAACGGCAGUCACUAUGUUCAGUACGUUCAGUCGCGAAUAAGUACGUCCGGCGGUUGCGACAGCCACACGUGCGGCGUCAACGCAAGAUGCACGAUGAGCUUGGGGCGGCCGGUGUGCUCGUGUUUGAAUCUUCAUAUGGGAGACCCACUCGCGCAGUGCGUGCGAGUCGAAUGUCUAAUCAACGACGAUUGUCCGUACAACAGAGUGUGUACGAACAACAGGUGCGUCGACCCUUGUGUAGGUCUGUGUGGAAUAAACGCGAACUGCUUGACCAGAAAUCACAUAGGUACCUGCGAGUGUAUACCAGGAUACGUCGGAGAUCCGUUCUCGAGUUGUCAAGUCGCAGACCCUCAAGCCGCCUGUAAACCAAGUCCAUGCGGAGUGAAUACCCAAUGCGAAGUGAUCAACGAAGUACCAGUCUGCACGUGUCUGCCGGGUUAUAGAGGCUCACCCUUAACUGGGUGUCGUCACGAGUGUGAGAGCGAUAUCGACUGUCCUCAUCAUCUCGCGUGCUCGUCAUCGUACAGAUGCGAGAACCCAUGCAAGUGCGGAGAGAACGCAGAGUGCCAAGUCAUCAAUCAUCAAGCGAAGUGCACCUGCCCGAAAACAUGGACGGGAAACCCAUUUAUCGCAUGUCGACCGGAGUGCACCACCCACUCUGAAUGCCCAUCGAAUAAGCCCGCUUGCCUCUAUCAGAAAUGCGUGAAUCCUUGUGACGGCGUGUGCGGGGUGAACGCUGAUUGCAACCUACGCGCUAUUACUCCCGUUUGCAGUUGUCCGAAACAUAUGACCGGUAAUCCUUUCGUCAGCUGUAGACUAUUCGAACCACGUGAUCUCUGCGAGCCAAAUCCCUGCGGUAUUAACGCGAUUUGCACGCCGGGUCACGACAAUACCGGGAAGGAGAGGCCGGUAUGCACGUGUCCCACCGGCUACAUUGGCAACGCCUUGACGAGCUGCCAGCGCGGGGAGUGCUUCACCGACAGUGAAUGCCCCGACAAUCGGGCGUGUAUCGAUUUCACGUGCAGGAACCCGUGCACCGGCCACGAAUGCGGUCCGAGCGCUGAGUGCACGCCCCGACGUCAUAUCGCGGUCUGUACGUGCCCACAAGGCACCAGAGGCGACGCCCUGUACACCUGUAACCCGAUCGAGAGUAAAUCGGUGUACAAUUACGGCCGCGCCUACCGUUACCGCUACUACUAGUCACGCAAAACGAUACCACGAUCCCACGUUUAAAAUACUCAACGUUUUAAUCUCGCGUAAUUUCUAUUCCAAUUCUACAUUCGGCCGUACUUUUACGAAGAAUUGAACCGGGGAAUAGAAACAAGUUAACCGCCUAUUUCUUACGCAGGUCGUAUAACAGAGUAAUAUAUGUAUAGUUUUCGUAACGCGCGCGCUACGCAGAUAAUAUGUAUGUCUUCCAAUUCGUGUCCUCCACAAAGUAGAUCUCACACAAAGUGUUCUAUAUGUUUUGUAAGCUGCGGCUGGUCGCAAAUCUAGUUUCAGUCCUUAAUAAAAAUGGAAGCAUAACGAUUUAUGCUGCAGUAUUAAGAUCCCUA